AUAAAGGCAGCAGAAGCCACCCGUCCCUUCCAUUGGCUGACCUGCAAUCGCCUCCCUUUGGCAAAAGACGGACAGAGCUGAAGAAGAAGCAAGAAGAUGGGUCUGGUUUCCUGUUUCAGCCUUGGGCUCCUGGGAUGCUUAGCAGUAGGAACCUUCAUGAGUGGAGGUGUUCAUGCUGCACAAUGUCCCAACAACUGGCUGUCUUUCCAGGGGAAAUGCUACGGUUACUUCCCCCAGGAGGUGACCUGGCAGCAUGCGGAGAAUGAAUGCCAGCGCCUGGGGGGCCACCUGGCCUCCCUUCUGGACAGGAAUGAGCACAGCGCCGUGGCCAGGUUCCUGCAGCAGGCCCAGAGGUGGGACGACGACGACGUCUGGUUCGGUCUCUCCAUCCCUGGCCGGAGCACCACCUGGGCCUGGGCAGACGGUAGCCCCAUGAGCUACACAGCCUGGGAAAAGUACAAGAGCUAUCCUGCUCUGAAAGGCGAGCAUUGCGCUGCCCUGGAUGAGUCUUCAGGGUUCAUGCUGUGGGAUAAUGACUCCUGCUACGACCGGAACCCCUUUGUCUGCAAGGUGUAGACAAGCACACCUGGUGGGCAGGAAUCCCGGAAGCUUCAGCAAGAACACAACCUGCCCUGCCCUGGGCGGGGGCCUGGAGGCCCCGGUCUCCUGUCUCUAGCCCUGCACAGACCCUCACUACACAUCCCCUUUCUCCCUCUCUCAAAUCAGCCCCUCCCCAACUCCCUUGCUCUGUGCAGGCAACAGCACGGAAGCCGCAAUAAACUUCUCUUCAGCAUGUAGAA